AUAAUCUAUACGAUUCUUAUAUUAUCUGAGAUUUAUAUAUUUUGUGACCAGAUGGUUGGCACCUCUUUUGUGCUUCCACUGUGUCUUUGGGAUAGACACAAAACCUUUAACAGCCGCAACUUUGAAAUUUGCGCGAGCAGACACGGGCGCGAACGACCGACAGAGCCGGCUGUACCACAGGGCGAACGUAGCAGCCGCUAUAGGCGCUAAGUCUUAGGGAGCGCCACAGUGGUAAAAAGAAUUAAAAGUUUUAUCGACAUUUUUCGACAAUGAAAACCCACAACGUGACGAUCGCAGUUGAACCGUUUUAUUUCGAAAGAACCUUUUUUACUCCUGAUUUUGUCAGAUAUUUUUUUGGAAAUUAUUGGCAUUAUUCCAUCUACAUCUCCAUCAUCUACUUGAUGACCAUCAAGAUUCUUCAGCAUCACAUGAGAAAUCGACCUCCUUAUAACUUCAAACGUGCCUUUACGAUUUGGAAUGGACUUUUGGCUAUUUAUAGCAUUUGUAAUAUUAUAAGAGGAAUUCCAGUUCUGUACGAGGCAUUUAAGCGACUAUCAUUUUAUGAAAUUAUAUGCGAUAAAAAUUUGACAGAAAAUACACCAGCGAUCUUAUUCUGGACAGUUAUAUUUGUAUUUUCUAAGGUUUGGGAAUUGGGAGAUACAAUUUUAAUAAUAUUAAAUAAACGAAAUUUGAUGUUUCUUCAUUACUACCAUCACGUAACGAUUGUUAUCUUAUCGUGGUAUGCUUUAUUCAAAGAGUCCAGCUAUUUAAUUACUAUCGUCUACAUCAAUAGUUUUGUACAUUCGCUAAUGUACAGCUAUUUUACUCUAAAAUGCAUGGAAAUAAAGAUAUUUCCAAUUGUUGCCAUGUUGAUCACCGUUAUCCAAAUUACACAAAUGGUAUUUGGAUUUCUGCUUACUAGUUGGAUGUAUUGGCUUCUCUUAAAUGGACAUCCAUGCGAUACUCCAUUUGACAUGUUAAAAUUUUGCUUUUUUUUAUCUAUGUCAUACAUAUAUUUGUUUACAGAUUUGUUUCGUCGUAAGUCUUAUAUUCAAAAACUUAGGACAAAUAAAAAAGAGAAUUAAGUAAAAUAUAGCAUUAUUAUAAGUAACAGGCAAGCUAUUAACGUAACAAAAUCUUAAUAAAUGUUUAUAAAUGACCGAAUGUCUCACUAACAACUUUUAUUGUAUUACCCAUGAAAAGAAUAAAGUUUAAUUGAAAAUUU